AUGAAUGGUCCUAGCGCAACGAAGCGACUGCCAAGUAAACGCCAGAGCCUCGACGAGGCGUACGCUCCCCCAGCGAACUUUCUCGAAAUCGAGGUGUGCAAUCCGAUCACGCACGGCCUGAGCAAAAACCGUUAUACGGACUACGAAGUCAAAAUGAAGACCAACCUACCGAUAUUCAAGAUGAAGGAAUCGAGCGUUCGUCGUCGUUACAGCGAUUUUGAAUGGCUCAGAAACGAACUGGAGCGAGACAGUAAGAUCGUCGUGCCGCCGCUACCAGGGAAAGCGUUAAAGCGCCAGUUACCUUUCCGAAGUGAUGAUGGUAUCUUUGAAGAUUCUUUUAUCGAAGAUCGAAGGCGUGGACUGGAGCAGUUCAUCAACAAGGUUGCCGGCCAUCCUUUGGCCCAGAACGAAAAAUGUCUUCACAUGUUCAUUCAAGAACCACUAAUAGAUCGAAAUUACGUACCAGGAAAAAUUAGAAGCCCAUGA